AUGGCAAUGGUAGUUAGCAGCUGGCGAGAUCCGCAGGACGACGUGGCCGGGGGCAACCCCGGCGGCCCCAACCCCGCAGCGCAGGCGGCCCGCGGCGGCGGCGGCGGCGCCGGCGAGCAGCAGCAGCAGGCGGGCUCGGGCGCGCCGCACACGCCGCAGACCCCGGGCCAGCCUGGAGCGCCCGCCACCCCCGGCACGGCAGGGGACAAGGGCCAGGGCCCGCCCGGCUCGGGCCAGAGCCAGCAGCACAUCGAGUGCGUGGUGUGCGGGGACAAGUCGAGCGGCAAGCACUAUGGCCAAUUCACCUGCGAAGGCUGCAAAAGUUUCUUCAAGAGGAGCGUCCGCAGGAACUUAACUUACACAUGCCGUGCCAACAGGAACUGUCCCAUCGACCAGCACCACCGCAACCAGUGCCAAUACUGCCGCCUCAAGAAGUGCCUCAAAGUGGGCAUGAGGCGGGAAGCGGUUCAGCGAGGAAGAAUGCCUCCAACCCAACCCAAUCCAGGCCAGUACGCACUCACCAACGGGGACCCCCUCAACGGCCACUGCUACCUGUCCGGCUACAUCUCGCUGCUGCUGCGCGCGGAGCCCUACCCCACGUCGCGCUACGGCAGCCAAUGCAUGCAGCCCAACAACAUCAUGGGCAUCGAGAACAUCUGCGAGCUGGCCGCGCGCCUGCUCUUCAGCGCCGUCGAGUGGGCCCGCAACAUCCCCUUCUUCCCGGAUCUGCAGAUCACCGACCAGGUGUCCCUGCUUCGCCUCACCUGGAGCGAGCUGUUCGUGCUCAACGCGGCCCAGUGCUCCAUGCCGCUGCACGUGGCGCCGCUGCUGGCCGCCGCCGGCCUGCACGCCUCGCCCAUGUCCGCAGACCGCGUCGUGGCCUUCAUGGACCACAUCCGCAUCUUCCAGGAGCAGGUGGAGAAGCUCAAGGCGCUGCACGUCGACUCGGCCGAGUACAGCUGCCUCAAAGCCAUCGUGCUGUUCACGUCAGAUGCCUGUGGCCUGUCGGAUGCCGCCCACAUCGAGAGCCUGCAGGAGAAGUCGCAGUGCGCGCUGGAGGAGUAUGUGAGGAGCCAGUACCCUAACCAGCCCAGCCGCUUCGGCAAACUGCUGCUGCGACUGCCCUCGCUGCGCACCGUGUCCUCUUCGGUCAUCGAGCAGCUCUUCUUCGUCCGUUUGGUAGGUAAAACCCCCAUCGAAACUCUCAUCCGCGAUAUGUUACUGUCUGGGAGCAGCUUCAACUGGCCUUACAUGUCCAUCCAGUGCUCCUAGACCUUGGGCGCUUCCCACCUGCCCCCGCCCCCCUAGAGACUCAGAGGACCUGCGGGGGCCAUGGACUCCAAAGCCUCCGGGACAGCAGGCGGCUGAUGCAGGGUGCGGCAGGCCAGGCAGGCCUGGCAGGGGGGAGG